ACUUGCAAGCGUGCCUCGGGCUCAAAUGGAAGAGGGGGCAGGCCAGAUCCUGGAACGAUAGGCAGCCCUCAGCUUCCCACAUAGCUCUUUUGCCUCGCAGUUCUUGGUCCUCGCCAGCAGGGGGCCAAACGAGCGCAACGUCCCUUUUCCACCUCGCGGAAGCUGCGCUUCACCUUACCCGGGCGCAGCGGCGUCGGCAGCAGCAGCUGUCGGGCAGGCUUCCUUCUCUUUUGAUCCCUCCGGCGACCCAAACUGCGAGAGCGCCGCCGGCUUCCAGCCGCAAUUACUCGAGGAAGAAAGGAAAGGAAGGCUCGGCGGGCGUCGCAGGACUCUGCGGCGCGAUGGACCUGUGAGAGCCAACAGCGAGCAUAAAUAACUUCUGGAGAAAAAUUUGCUUGUGAUCAUCUGAGGAUAGUUUCUGAAACUGAAGAAGAAAACCACCACAAUGAAGCACUUCCUGAGAAUGCUUGUCCAGGUCUGCCUGUACUUCUAUUGCAAAUGCUUGUGGCGCUGCCUGAAAUUUGUGGUGAGGAAACUGACGGGACGAUGUGAGUUGCAAAGGAUCUGCUACAGCACAAAGCCUGGUGCCGGCAGAACUAUGAAAAUUGAAUCGUCAUUGAGAAGUUCAAAAAAUAAGUUGCUCCAGAGUUCAGUAAGUGUUCAUCCAGAUGCUAUUGAAAAAACUAUAGAUGCCAUCAUGGACCUAAAAAGGAUUAAUCCAGAUGUAAAUCCACAGCUAGGUGUAUCUCUGCAGGCCUGCCUCCUACAGAUUGUAGGGUACAGGAAUUUGAUUGCAGAGGUUGAGAAACUGCGUAGAGAGCCCUAUGAUUCUGAGGAUCCCCAUCAUGAAGAAAUGCUUCUGAAGCUAUGGAAAUGCUUGCAACCUGAUUCCCCAUUGGAAGCUCGAAUUUCCAAGCAGUGGUGUGAAAUUGGUUUCCAAGGUGACGAUCCUAAAACAGAUUUUAGAGGAAUGGGCCUUCUGGGGCUUUAUAACUUAUUAUAUUUUGCUGAACGCGAUGCUGCUGCAGCUCAGCAAAUCCUCUCUGACUCCCUUCAACCAAAAUACAGGGAAGUCACUAAAGAGGAGUUAAGCAAAUUGAGCAAGGCUGAGUGGGAGAAGAAAAAGUUUAAUAAAGCCAUUGGAUAUUCUUUUGCUAUUGUUGGUAUUAAUAUAACAGACCUUGCAUACAACCUGCUUGUGAGCGGUGCUCUGAAGACACACUUCUACAAUGUUGCUCCAGAGGCUCCAACGUUAUCCCAUUUCCAGCAGACAUUCUGCUAUUUGAUGCAUGAAUUCCAUAAAUUCUGGAUUGAAGAGGAUCCUCUGGACAUCAUGGAGUUCAACCGCGUGCGAGAGAAAUUCCACAAGCAAAUCCUCAGGCAGCUCCAGAAUCCAGAUAUGGCCCUGUGCCCUCACUUUGCUGCCUCAGAAAGCCUGAUCAACCUGUAGCUGCUAACAUGGGUUUUGAAAACACUGCCUCAUCCUUGUGCUAUGCCACUAUCCUAGAGAUAGAUCGCUAAUGUAUUGAAUGACCAUAGCGAUUGUAUGCAUGCUUCUUGGUGCAGUAUUCAUCUCUCUCGUGCUCUCUCUCUUUUUAUGGCAUCUCCUCACGCUGCUCCUUUUGAGGGGUUUUGUCAUAAAGGAGGGAAGGCUCAUAUUGCAGCAUUUUGCAGUGUUAAAAAGCAUUUGGAAUUGAUGUCCCAUAUGAAGAGGUUUUUUCUAUUUUUUUAGACUCCCCCCAUCACUCUCCCCUUCCCUACUCAUAAUUCAGCAUUUAAUUAAGAGAAGCGCAUUUCUCUAGCUGUAGGGUGUUUUGUAUAUGUGGAAUAUUUGAGUUCAAAACUUGUAUUGUGGAAGCCUUUUAUCUUACUGGUUUUGUUAAUGAUAGCUAAGAACAUUUUUUUUAAAAAGUAGGCAUGAUCCAGCUGAAGUGAAGCACUUUUUAAUUCCCAUUGAUCUGAAUGGCAUGUGUUUAAAUCUAUCCCGAUGAAAUCAAUGGGGCUGAAAAGCAUUAACUUUGACUGAAUUGUGCGUGUGUUUGUACAUUAUUUAUAAGACGGUGUAUGUGACUUGAGCCUCAUGUAGGCAGAAUACAUUAAAAUACUUUUUUUCUCAUGCAAUCAUGCAUGCUUCAUGGAAAAAAAGAUUAAUAAGGUUUAUGAUACAAAAUGUGGGAAUGAAGUUGGCAUACACAGAAGUUAGAAAGUUGAAACUAACAGUCUGGAAACAUGGAUGUUGAGAAAGUUUGAGGGCAUUAACCACGUUGUUAGCAAAGAACAAAAAAUGUGCCGAUAAUUAUCCAAGUAUCUAAGGAAGGUGUAUCUUCUCAAAAGUUUGUAUUAGAAUACAGCCCACUCUACUCAUACUAUCAUAGCUAAAUUGAAAUAGCAUUGUUUUUAAAAAUGCAGAAUUAAUAAUAUGUGUUUCCGGAUGUCCAAAUGUGACAUUAAUUGAUCAUGUGUGUGCUUGAUUGUUGUAAGGGGACCAAAAAAAACCUAUAUUCAUUUUUGAAGUAUUGAAUUUUUGUCUUGGAUUGUCAACUCUGUCCCUAACUGAGGGUUAAAUUAACAAGGAGCCAUUGAAGGAAAUAAAGCAACUGGUGAUUAAGCAUAGAAGGAAGUGAUGUUUUUAAAAAACAAACAUGCAUUUUCCAUGUGGAAUGUUCUCAGGUCAGCCAUGUUGGAAUUAUUGGUAAAUGCACAUAUGUAUACAACAAUGCUCACACACGUUUGAUUUGGAGGGAGAGGUGCUUACAGAGGAGUAGUUCCUGUUGGAUUGUACCCAGCACCUCUGACCCAAUGCGUAUCCUGUAUCAGAUUGUAUUUACCAUGGCGCUUCAUACCCGUGGUAAUUUUUUACCUUCUGAAGUUUAGUAUUCUAAGUAGUUUGUGAAGUUGCUUGCAUAGCAACAUUAAAUUGGAGGUAUUGCCUAAUUUUUUGUUGAUUAUUUG